UUAGUUGAUAUAUUAUUUCGUGUUUGAAUGAUUUAUUUGACUUGUAAAAAUAUUGGAUGUGCGGUCUGAAAAAAAAAAUUAAUUAAAAGUAGUUUAUUAAAUUAAAUAAACGAUUUCAAAGCGACAAAGUAUACAAAUAAAGUUAAAAGUUAUUGUAAAGUGCAGUGUUUGAUAGCGCUUAUAGCAUACUACUUCUAAGUAAACUAAAUAAAGUGAAUUGGAAUUCCCUUUGCGGAAAGAACUUCAACACAACCAAUAAGCUAACAAUUAUUUGUUCAGCGACAGUGAAUUGGAAAUAUGUAUAUUGAUGUCUUAAGCAGUUACCAUUGUUUGGGUCGCACCCAUUUUAGUAUUAAAUUGGUUUUGUUUUAAUUUUGUAUUUUAAGUGUCACGCAAAUUACGAAAUUACGGUGUUUUUGGUGUGAAAUUGUUAGUUUGGCUGUGCUUCGAAGUGAAGGUAAAAAAUCGAUUUGUAAUUCCUGCCCAAAAAGUGAUUGCCAAAAUAUCACCACCAUUCUUCUUGUUCUGUUAAGAAAAAAAUUGAAUACAACCUUACUUACACUACUCCUGCAUCUAGCAAAUGAAUCUUUUGUGAAAAAUAUACGAAAUAAAAUUUGUAAGAAAUGUGGCACAAAUUUAAUCAGGGAAGGUGCUACAAAUAUGUGAUUAUACCAAAGAAAAAUUAUUUUUCAAUGGUUCCAACGGUUUAUUAUAAAUUACACUAUAUUAUUGGUUUACUAUUAUUGCCGAUGAUAACAUCUGGUCAUAACUGUCAGCAUUUUCAUCCUAAAGCAGACGAGGUUGUCCAUGGCGUUCGCAUCGAGACGGCGGAUUCGAUGCAUCCACACCAGAGUACUCACAGCAUACACAAACGCAGCACAGACGCCGCUGACCAGCCAUUACGAAUUUUACUCUUCUACGACGAAUCUGUUUUCAGAUUGGAUGAAGACAAGUUCGAGUUAAUCAAUAACACAGUAUUACCAGAGGCUGUGCAGUUUUGGGAACAAGCGCUGAUGGUGCGCGAAACAAAGGGUGUCAUUAGGCUAAACAGAAAAUGCAAUAGUACGCAAGUAUUUGUUAAAAAUGGUCUGACGCACUGCAUCGACAACUGCAAAAAGGUGACAAUGUGCGGCGAGGUAGAAGUUCCCAAAGAGCACUUAGAUGUGUGUCGCGUUUGUAAUGCCACCGGGCAAAAUUGUCGGAAUGAUGAGUCCACACAGGCGGGUGAGGGCAUUGAAAAUGCCGACUUUAUAUUCUAUGUGUCGGCACGUCAAACGGAGCGUUGUCAUAAGGGACUAACGGUUGCUUAUGCAGCACACUGUCAACAGGAAGCGCAUUUAGAUAGACCAAUUGCAGGCCAUGCCAAUUUGUGUCCAGAUAGCAUAAGUACAAAGCCACAAGAACUACAAACACUAUUAUCCACCGUGAAACAUGAGAUUCUGCACGCGCUGGGCUUUUCGGUCAGUCUUUAUGCUUUCUUUCGUGAUGAUGAAGGCCGACCACGUACUCCGCGUAAACCAGAUACUGGGAAACCCUACUUAAACGAGAAACUACAAAUCCAUCAGUGGAGCAAUCAGACAAUACGAAAGGUGGUACGCGAGAAAUGGGCGGUGCGCGGUGGUCAUGUUCGUAAAGUUGUCGAUAUGAUGGUUACACCACGCGUUGUGGACGAAGUGCGCAAACAUUUUGAUUGUCCUCUACUGGAAGGUGCUGAGUUGGAAGAUCAAGGCGGUGAAGGCACAUCCUUAACGCAUUGGGAAAAACGAAUUUUGGAGAACGAGGCGAUGACAGGCACACAUACACAAUCGCCAGUUUUUUCACGUAUAACGCUGGCGUUGAUGGAAGACUCCGGCUGGUAUCGUGCUAAUUACAGUAUGGCAGCACCCUUGUCUUGGGGCAAAGGACUGGGUUGUAAUUUUGUUAUGAACAGUUGCAAAGAGUGGAUUCAGGCAAAUAACGGCAGAGGCCGUUCAAUUCACCCAUUUUGCUCGAAAGUCAAACAGGAUCCCUUACAAACAGAAUGCACCGACGAUCGCAAUUCAGUGGCAUUGUGCAAUUUAAUACGACACGAUUACGAGUUGCCAAAGAAAUAUCAGAAUUUCGAUAGCAUAAAUCAUGUGAAAAGCGGUGAAGAAGGCUACUACGGCGGUUCGGUAUCACUGGCCGAUCAUUGUCCCUAUAUACAAGAAUUUACAUGGCGCAGCAAAAACGUAAUUGUACGCGGUUCCCAUUGCCGCUUUGUCGAGAAUAAUCCAAAGCCUGAAAAAAACUUUGCGCUGGAGAGCUACGGCAUUGGUUCAAAGUGUUUCGAUCACAGUGACUUUAUGUGGGAAGAGCGCUCAUGUCACCAGACACGCGAAUGGCAACACUGGGGCUCAGGUUGCUACAAAUACGAAUGCUCCGACGGGCGUUUGCAUAUUUUAGUGGCGAAUUACACAUACACUUGCUUCUAUCCCGGUCAGACGCUUUCGAUACGCAUCAAUGCGAACGAUUGGCUGCAUCGUGGCGCGAUCAUUUGUCCACCAUGUCAUGAACUUUGUGGUGAAGUAUUCGCUGAAAGAGGGGAGGAGUGUCGUAUGCGCGAGGAAGCGCCACCGGCUAAUAAGUAUCCGCGCGAUACAUUGACGUGUGCGGCGUGUGAGAGUGCGGCUUUCUGCCGAAUAUUAUUGCUUGUUGCCAUAAUUGCUGCAUUUAGUUGGCGUCGUACACAUAUUUUUUUGGUUAAUAUUUUUGUUUUGGGUUAAAACAUUUUUUCACACAUUUUUUUGUUUUGUUCUUCUGUGGUUAUACCAUAUAAUGUAUGUAACGAUAUGUCCUUAUUGCAUAAACUAUAAUGUAUAUAGUAACUAUAUAAUUCAACUAAUAUUAAGUAAAUGUGUUAUAAAUUGAUUGUAAGCAUGUUAAAGUGUAUUCAUAAGCUAAAAUGUUUAUAUCUUGUUAUUAAGUAUACUACGUAAUUUGAAAUGUUGGUGGUUCAUCCGCCAAGUAUGUCCACUGGCAAUAAUUGAACUAAUUAGAUAAUUUUUUCAAAAUUAUCUAACAAAAAUUAAUAUAAUGCAUUUUAAAAAGCUAAAGACUGAGCUCACCAUAUUGGGUACUCAAACAUAAUUAUUGCCACUAAUUGGCAUGCAGUAAUACGCAAAGGAAUAACUAUUAAUUAAUUUGGCACUAGAGCGAAUCAGAUUUAGUUAUUGCUUAGUUUAAGUGAUUAUCGAUUUUCUGAUAUCUAAUAAUGAAUUGCUUUUCUAUUUCUCUUUUUGUAUUAUUGAAUUAAUUUUUUGUGAUAAAUUCUGUGCCGACAAGGGAUUUACACUUCCCGAUAUCGAGAUGAGAAUUAUAACUAUCAUUUAAUGCAAUAUGUUUAUAUCUAGCUACUUUAAAUAUGUAUAAUAUAUAGAGUAUAUAUAAGCGACGGGAAGUGUAGCCAUAAACAUGCUUGGUUAUAUGGUAUAUAAUAUUUGGUUAUUUUAAUAGCAUCUUAGCAUUUAAUCUUGUCGGGAAAGAGUUAUCUGCGUUUGUGUAUUAAUUAAAAAUGCACAAAAUCACUAAAGUUUGUGCAAGAGCUUGUGAAAUGGACACUUGAUAUUAUAAUGUUGUUCUUAAAAAAGCAAUUAAGCAAUAUUUAUUGUCAAUGUUAUGAACAAUAUAAGAAGAGUUUAGACAAUACUUGUUUUUACAUCGAAUCGAAUUUUAUGAAAUUAUUUCUAUAAGUUUAGGAAUUAUGUACUGAGGAUUAUUCAUACAAUUUCGCCUACAUGGUUAGUGUUCCGCAUAAAUUUACUGUUCUCUUGAUUGGACUGGUUGGAGCGAAAUCUCACCUGGGUUUCCUUUGUUUCAUGCGCCGUAUUUUUCCAGCCCUACAGUUAGUUAGUUACUUAUUAUGAGGGAGAUCAUGUGGCAGAGUCUUCAAAUUAAAAAAAAAAUCGAAAAA